AUGAAGGCACUUGUUCUUAUAUUUUGUAUGUGCACCCUUAGUAUAGCUAGCCGAGAUACUGGAUUUCCAGCUGGACUUAUGGCGGAUUGCCCAGGAAUGACAAAAAAUACAACACUUUCUGAUAAAACGAAGGAUUCACUAACAGUUGUAGCCCUCUGGCCGAGUAAUAAUUGGAUCGGCGUUGAGGAGGUAACUUGUAAGCUCAAUCGUGAAGGAGCUGCUUGUGUGGAUAAACAUCUGGACUUGACGAAGAAAACUGUGAUAUUUAUAAGCGGUUAUUUGGACGCAUCGUUUUCGCCAGUUGUACGAACAGUAGCAACUCCGUACAUCGAACGAGGACGAAACGUGAUUAUUUUGGAAAUAUAUCCAAUACUCCAUCGGACUUAUCCAAUCGCAGCUCGUCUAACGAAGCCCUUAGGUAAUUUCUUAGGUGAAUUCUUAGCAGAACUAACUCGUAGAGGAUUACAUCCAGAUAAACUAGAACUGCUGGGAGGGAGCUUGGGCGCCCACAUAGCUUCAUAUGCAGCUACUAAAUAUCAUGAGCUAACGCAUUUGAAACCGUCACGACUUACUGGUUUGGAUCCAGCGGGUCCAUGCUUCCGUACACUGCCACGUUCAGAACGAUUCAACUCAGACGCAGCGCAUAAAGUCGACGCUGUACACACAAACAUUGAUGGAUUUGGCCUAGCGGAGGCAGUCGGUCAUGUAGACUUUUACAUAAAUGGAGGCGAAUUCCAACCGUCAACAAUGCAAGACUACCUCCUGCCGUGCUUCCAACUCUGCAGUCACGUGCGUUCAGCCGUCUACUGGCUUAUAUCUAAUUACGCCAAAGACAAAUUUCUUGGGGUCAAAUGUGACUCCGUACCACAUGCAAGACAUGGCCAGUGCUACCAUGGGCACUUAGAAAUUAAUGUUCUUGGCCCUAAAACCAAUUUUAGUCGCCAUGGUAUUUAUUACGUACCUACUUUAGAUAUUUUUCCUUACUAUAUGGGUGAAAAGGGCUUAAAAAAGCGACAAUAUGAUGUUAACAAUUAUUUAUUAAAGGUAGCGCCAGAUGAAGAUAUGGUUAUAUGAAAUAAAUUUAGUCGUUUAUCA